UGGUAUGUCUUUAGCUUUGAGUUAUAUUCAGUUUUGACUUUGGCAGGUAACCAGGUAAUCAGCACCAGCUGCGGGCGGGGCGGCAGCGGCGCAGCACAGCCUACGCGCAGCAAGCCCAUUGACAUACAAUGCUCACGCACCAAUAAGAACAAUAACCAUGCAGGCAGCUUCGGCAACGCGGGCUCCGCGCCGAAGGGGCGCGGCGGCGCGGGCGGCGACAAGGCGCGGCGGCGGAACGAGGCGUGCUUCGGCGACGGCGCGCAGCCGCCGCUGGACCGGGACUUCGACUUCGAGGGCAACCUGGCGCUGUUCGACAAGCGCGCGCUGUGGGAGCAGAUGAACAGCCAGAAGCCCGACCUGCUGCGGCAGGCCGACGACGCGGGCAAGUACCGGCACGACGAGAACGUGCUGGGCGGCGGCGGCGCGGGCGCGCGGCGCGCCAUCCGCGUGCCCGACGAGCUGCGCGGCGCGCUGGACUACGUGACGGACGAGGCCGUGUGCGUGCCGUCGGUGGCGGGCGCGCUGCGGCGCCAGCUGUGGGAGGCGCUGCAGCGCGCGGGGCUGCUGGAGAGCGCGAGGGCGCUGCUGGCGCGCGGCGCGGCCGACGUGGCGCUGCGGCUG